AUGAAGUUCCUCAUCGUCUUCGUCGCCCUCUUCGCCCUGGCCGUGGCCGCCCCCAGCGACUCCCAGAUCGUCCGAUUGGAUUCCGAUGUGCAGCCCGAUAAGUGGAGCUCUGCCCUGGAGACCAGCGAUGGAACCAAAAUCGACCAGAGCGGAGUCCUCAAGGAUGUCGGCACCGAGCACGAGGCCGCUGUUGUCCACGGAUCCUACUCCUGGGUGGAUGAGAAGACCGGCGAGCACUUCACCGUCACCUACGUGGCCGAUGAGAACGGAUUCCAGCCCCAGGGUGCCCAUCUGCCCGUUGCCCCCGCAUUUUUAUUGUGGCUUAUUGGCAUUAAACUAGUUUCAGCAGAUGUAGCGUCCAAAUUCAGCAUCGCCUAUACGUAUAUAAAUAGGCCGAAAAUAGGCCUAAGCAGUAUAGUAAUCUUUGACUCUUCAACGAUCUACAACGCCUUCAACAUGAAAUUCGCCGUCGUCCUGUUCGCCCUCUUCGCCGUGGCUCUGGCCGCUCCCGCCGAGGUUGAGAUCGUGAGGCAAGCCUCCGAUGUCGGACCCGAGAACUUCUCUUACGCCUGGGAGACCAGCGAUGGCCAGAAGGCUGAUGCCGCUGGUGAGCUGAAGAACGUUGGAUCUGAGAACGAGUCCCUCGCCGUCCGCGGAUCCUUCUCCUUCGUGGCUGAUGAUGGCCAGACCUACACCGUCAACUACAUCGCCGACGAGAACGGAUUCCAGCCCCAGGGUGCUCAUUUGCCCGUUGCCCCCGAGGCCUAAGUUUAAGGUGUUGAAAUAAAUUGUUUAUAAAAAAA